AUGAGUGACAUGGAUUGUUUAUCUCAGAAGAUCAGCAAAAGUGACUCGAUACAUCACAUGAGUCACUCCCGUGCGCGGCCAGAGCUGCCCCCUCUGCCCGUUUCUGCUAAUGAGGAGCCGUCUGAACUCUAUCAGACGGUCAUGUCGCACAGCUUCUACCCCCCGUUGAUGCAGCGCACAUCAUGGACCCUGGCUGCGCCCUUCAAAGAGCAGCAGCACUACCGAGGACCCAGCGACUCAAUUGCCAACAACUACUCCUUGAGGGCCCAAGACCUGAAGCUGAAGGAUCUGAAGAAGGUCUCCCUGCCGGUCACCAUCAGUGUCCCUAGGGAAAGGGUUGUUCAAGACCGAUCAUCAGCAAGUAAAUGCUCAUUAGAGCCCAGCAAGAAGAAACUGAAGUUCUCCUGCAAAGUCAAAGAGGAUUCCAUUGGGUCCAAGUCUGGUAGCAGUUCCGCCUUCCAAAUUGGGAAGAAGACACUGGGGAUAACUUUGCCUAUUCCGGAAAGCAGGCCUAUGAGUCCAGAAGAACAGAUUGCUGUGAUGCUACAGCAGGAGAUGGACACAGAAAGUAAAGAAACCAAACCAUCUGAAUCAGACUUGGAGAGAUACUGUUACUAUUUGGCCAAUGGAAUCCCAAAAGAAAUGAUUGCUGCUGAGGACAAGGAAGUGAUGAAUCGGAUUUUCAAAUUGGUUUCUAACACACUGCUGACAAAUCCUAGCCUGGAACCUCUGGUGAUGGUCCUGGUGAAGGAGAAGGAGAGUGACUAUUACAGCAGUCUCAUGAAAAGCAUUGUUGAUUACAUCCUCAUGGACCCAAUGGAGAGAAAAAGACUCUUCAUCGAGAACAUCCCCCGAGAGUUCCCUCAAAGGGUGAUCCGGGCCCCAGUGCCCUGGCACAAUGUCUACAAGAAUGCCAAGAAGUGGAACGAAGAGCAUCUGCACACGGUGAACCCCAUGAUGCUCAGCCUGAAGGAACUGUGGUUUGCAGAAUUUAGAAACCUCAGAUUCGUUCGAACAGCAGAACUACUGGCAGGAAAAUUGCCUCUGCUGCCUCAUGAAUAUCAGGAAGUGAUCCAGAAUCACUGCAUGGAAUUGCAUCAAAUUCUCCUCAACAAAUGGAUCCCCACCUGUGCCCAGCUCUUUGUGUCUCAGAAGGAGCAGUGGGUCCAUUUUGCACCCAAGAGUGACUAUGACUCUUCCCAUAACAUUGAGGAAUAUUUUGCUUCUGUUGCAUCCUUCAUGUCGCUCCAGCUCAGGGAGUUGGUUGUUAAAUCUCUUGAGGACCUCCUUUCUUUUUUCAUGAUACACAAGGAUGGGAACGAUUUCAAGGAGCCCUACCAAGAGAUGGAGUUCUUCAUGCCUCAGCUAAUCAAGAUCAAACUUGAAGUCCAGGAACCCAUUAUUGUCUUUAAUCCAUCUUUUGAUGACUGCUGGCACUUAAUACACAAUUCUUUCUUGGAAAUUAUUAAGAACUCUAAGGGAAUCCCCAAGGUGGAAUCUGCCCUGUUCCCAGAAUUGAAAGGAUAUGACCUGACUCUCAGAACCAUUAGCCCUGAAGAAAAUCUGGUUAAUGAUUUGGUGAAUCAAGCUUUCGAGGUAUUUCUGAAAAAUCAAGUUGGCCCCCACAAAUACUUAGAUGUAUAUAAAAAGUAUGAUGACUUACUAGAUAACACAGCAGAGCAAAACAUCUCUGUUUUCCUGAAAGAGAAUCAUGAAAUCGAGGAUUUUGUGACGCGGAUCAGCAGUAUAAAAAAAAGAAGAACUGAAAUUGCAUCUAUGCAUAUCACCGUGCCUUUGGCCAUGUUCUGCCUUGAUGCCAUGGUCCUAAAUUAUGACCUUUGUGAACGAGCCCAAAAUCUUAAAGACCGACUAAUUCAAUUCCAAGUGGAUGUAAAUCGAGACACCAAUACCAGCAUUUGUAAUCAGUACAGCAUCAUUGCAGACAAAGUCAGUGAGAUUCCUGCCAAUACGGAGGAGCUGGUAUUCCUCAUUGAAUUCUUAAAGAAAUCUAGUGAUGUCACAGUGUUCAAACUCAGGAGGCAACUAAAAAAUGCAGUUGAACGGCUGGAGUUCCUGAUGGACUAUGCAGAUUUGCCCCGAGAGUCAAUUGAAGAUAUCUUUGAGAACUGCCGAAACCUCCUCAUGAACAAGAGGGAUCAGGCGGAAAUGGACCUGAUUAAAAGGUGCUCAGAAUUUGAGUCAAAACUUGAGGGCUUCAGCAAGGAACUGGAAGGCUUUAGGAAGCGUGAAGUGAUGACUACAGAAGAAAUGAAGAAUAAUGUUGAAAAGCUUAAUGAGCUUUCCAAGAACCUAGAUCAAGCGUUGGUGGAAUUUGAGCUGAUCAAUAAGGAGGAAGAACUGCUGGAAAAAGAGAAGAGCACCUUCCCCCUCCUGCAAACCAUCAUGACCAACAAAAUGCCUUAUGAGCAGCUAUGGGUGACGGCCUACGAAUUUAGCACCAAGUCAGAGGAAUGGAUGAACGGACCCCUCUCUUUACUAAAUGCUGAGGAAAUUGUAGAAGAAGUCGGUAAUAUGUGGAGGACGAUAUAUAAGUUGACCAAGACUCUAGUUGAUGUACCUGCCCCCAGGCGCUUAGCAGAGAAUGUGAAAAUGAAGAUUGAAAAGUUCAAGCAGCACAUCCCCGUCCUCAUCAUUUCCUGCAACCCAGGAAUGAAAGAACGGCACUGGCAACAGAUUAGUGAGAUUGUCGGCUAUGAAAUAAAACCCACUGAAACGACCUGUCUUUCAAAUAUGCUGGACUAUGGAUUUGGCAAAUUCGUCGACAAACUGGAGCCCAUUGGCGCAGCUGCCAGCAAGGAACAUUCUCUGGAGAAAAACUUGGAGAAAAUGAAGUUAGACUGGGUUAACAUGUCAUUCAACUUCGUGAAGUACAGGGACACUGAUACAAGCAUCUUGUGUGCAGUUGAUGACAUUCAACUGCUCCUCGAUGAUCAUGUGAUAAAGACCCAGACCAUGUGCGGCUCCCCAUUCAUCAAGCCAAUAGAAGCAGAAUGUCGGAAGUGGGAAGAAAAACUAGUUCGUGUACAAGACAUUUUGGAUGCCUGGCUGAAAUGUCAAGCCACCUGGCUGUACCUGGAACCAAUCUUCAGUUCAGAGGACAUCAUUGCCCAGAUGCCAGAAGAGGGCAGGAAAUUUGCCAUUGUCGAUAAUUAUUGGAAAUCACUUAUGUCCCAAGCUGUGAAGGAUCCAAGAGUACUGAUGGCAGCAGACCAGCCACGGAUGAGUGAGAAACUUCAAGAAGCCAACCUUCUGUUGGAAGACAUCCAGAAGGGGCUGAAUGAUUACUUGGAGAAGAAGAGACUGUUUUUCCCCAGGUUCUUCUUCUUGUCCAAUGAUGAGCUACUGGAGAUCUUGUCAGAGACAAAGGACCCCCUCCGAGUGCAGCCACACCUGAAGAAGUGCUUUGAAGGAAUUGCCAGGCUGGAGUUCACAGAUCUUUUGGAGAUUGUGGGCAUGAUCAGCUCAGAGAAGGAAACCGUUCCAUUCAAUCAGAAAAUCUACCCAGCUCAAGCCAAAGGCAUGGUGGAAAAGUGGUUGCAGCAGGUGGAGCAGAUGAUGCUUGCCAGCCUGCGGGAAGUUAUUCGACUGGGGAUUGAAGCAUAUGUCAAGGUCCCGCGUAACCAGUGGGUCUUGCAGUGGCCUGGCCAGGUAGUGAUCUGUGUCUCCUCCAUCUUCUGGACCCAGGAGGUAUCACAAGCCCUGGUUGAGAAGACUUUACCAGAUUUUCUGCAAAAGAGCAAUAAUCAGAUCACACAAAUUGUGCAGCUGGUUCGAGGGAAGCUGAGCAGUGGUGCUCGACUCACCCUUGGGGCCCUCACAGUCAUCGAUGUCCACGCACGUGACGUGGUAGCCAAGUUAUCUAAGGACAAUGUCUGUGAUCUGAGUGAUUUCCAGUGGAUCUCCCAGCUGCGCUACUACUGGCAGGAAAAUGAUGUGCAUGUGCAGAUGAUCACUACUGAAGCCUUGUAUGGCUACGAGUACUUGGGAAACUCCCCCCGGCUGGUGAUUACACCCCUCACUGACCGCUGCUACAGGACACUGAUGGGAGCUUUGAAACUGAACCUUGGGGGUGCUCCAGAAGGUCCGGCUGGGACAGGCAAGACAGAAACCACCAAAGAUCUGGCCAAAGCUUUAGCCAAGCAGUGUGUGGUCUUCAACUGCUCAGAUGGCCUGGAUUACAAAGCCAUGGGGAAGUUCUUCAAGGGGCUGGCCCAGGCUGGGGCAUGGGCCUGUUUCGAUGAGUUCAACAGAAUUGAGGUAGAAGUGCUGUCCGUUGUAGCUCAGCAGAUUCUCAGCAUCCAACAAGCCAUUAUCCGGAAGUUAAAGACAUUCAUCUUUGAAGGCACCGAGCUCUCUCUGAACCCAACCUGCGCUGUCUUCAUCACCAUGAACCCUGGAUAUGCUGGCAGGGCUGAACUGCCAGAUAACCUCAAGGCUCUAUUUCGGACAGUGGCUAUGAUGGUGCCAGAUUAUGCCCUUAUUGGAGAAAUCUCCCUCUAUUCUAUGGGGUUUCUGGACUCCAGAAGUCUUGCCCAGAAGAUUGUGGCAACCUACCGCCUGUGCUCCGAGCAGCUCUCCUCCCAGCACCACUACGACUAUGGCAUGCGUGCAGUCAAGUCUGUGCUCACUGCCGCGGGCAACCUGAAGCUCAAGUAUCCAGAGGAGCAAGAGAGCGUCCUGCUGCUCCGGGCUUUACUUGAUGUCAACCUGGCCAAGUUCUUGGCUCAAGAUGUUCCUCUGUUUCAGGGAAUUAUAUCUGAUUUGUUUCCUGGAGUGGUACUUCCAAAGCCAGACUAUGACGUUUUUAUCGAAGUGCUGAAUGAGAACAUCAAAAAAAUGAAACUCCAACCUGUACCUUGGUUUAUUGGGAAAAUUAUCCAGAUCUACGAGAUGAUGCUGGUAAGACACGGCUACAUGAUUGUCGGAGACCCCAUGGGAGGCAAGACCUGUGCUUAUAAAGUGUUGGCCGCAGCUCUGGGUGAUUUAUAUGCAGCCAACCAGAUGGAGGAGUUUGCUGUAGAGUAUAAAAUCAUUAACCCCAAGGCUAUCACCAUGGGGCAGCUGUAUGGAUGCUUCGAUCCUGUCAGUCACGAAUGGACAGAUGGUGUCCUUGCCAAUACUUUCCGAGAGCAAGCAUCUUCCAUGUCUGAUGAGCGCAAGUGGAUUAUAUUUGACGGGCCCGUGGAUGCUGUUUGGAUUGAAAACAUGAACACUGUGCUGGAUGACAAUAAAAAGCUGUGUCUAAUGAGUGGCGAGAUUAUCCAGAUGAGUCCUAAGAUGAGUCUGAUCUUUGAGCCAGCCGACCUGGAGCAGGCCUCCCCAGCCACCGUGAGCAGGUGUGGGAUGAUCUACAUGGAGCCCCACCAGCUGGGCUGGAAGCCCCUGAAGGAUUCCUACAUGGACACCCUGCCCUCCAGUCUCACUAAGGACCAUAAGGAAUUGGUCAAUGACAUGUUUAUGUGGCUUGUCCAGCCCUGCCUGGAAUUUAUUCGCCUUCAAUGUAAAUUUGUGGUGCAAACAUCUCCUAGCCACCUUGCUUUCUCAAUGAUGAGACUGUAUACUUCUCUACUUGAUGAAAUCAAAGAUAUCAAUGAGGAAGACAGUGAAGUGGUUGAAGGCCCAACAAACCAACAGAUCUUCCUCUGGUUGCAAGGUCUGUUCCUCUUUGCCUUGGUGUGGACCGUGGCCGGCACCAUCAAUGCAGACGGUAGAAAGAAAUUUGAUGUGUUUUUCCGUAACCUAAUCAUGGGUAUGGAUGAUAACAAUCCUCGCCCUAAAAGUGUGAAAAUCACCAAAAACAACAUCUUUCCCGAAAGAGGCAGCAUCUAUGACUUUUAUUUCGUCAAGCAAAGUAGUGGGCACUGGAACAUGUGGACGGAUUACAUUACCAAAGAAGAGGAAAAAAUUGCAGCUAAUGCAAAGAUCUCAGAACUCAUCAUCCCCACCAUGGAGACAGCGCGGCAGUCCUUCUUCCUGAAAACCUACCUAGACCAUGAGAUUCCGCUGCUGUUUGUGGGUCCCACGGGCACUGGCAAAUCAGUCAUCACCAAUAAUUUUCUUCUCCGUCUUCCCAAAAAUGUCUACCUGCCCAAUUGCAUCAAUUUCUCUGCCAGAACUUCAGCCAAUCAGACCCAGGAUAUCAUCAUGUCCAAGUUGGAUCGGCGGAGGAAAGGCAUUUUCGGGCCUCCCUUGGGGAAGAAAGCAGUGGUAUUUGUGGAUGACCUCAACAUGCCAGCCAAAGAAAUCUAUGGAGCUCAGCCCCCCAUAGAGCUCCUGAGGCACUGGAUUGACCAUGGUUACUGGUUUGACAAGAAGGACACGACCAGGCUGGACAUUGUUGAUGUGUUGCUUGUGACAGCCAUGGGCCCCCCUGGAGGAGGAAGGAAUGAUAUUACCGCACGGUUCACUCGCCAUCUGAAUAUCCUUUCCAUCAAUGCCUUUGAAGAUGAAAUUUUAAGCAAGAUUUUCACUUCCAUCUCUGAUUGGCACUUUGGGAAAGGAUUUGAUGUGGCAUUUUUAAGGCACGGAAAGAUUAUGGUACAAGCUACUAAGACAAUUUAUAAGGCUGCAGUGGAGAAUUUCUUGCCAACUCCCUCCAAGUCACAUUAUGUUUUCAACCUGCGAGACUUUUCAAGGGUGAUACAGGGGGUGCUGCUGUGCCCUCACACCCACCUGCAGGAUAUAGAAAAACUUAUCCGACUUUGGAUUCAUGAGAUUUACCGGGUUUUCUAUGACCGUCUGAUUGAUCAUGAGGACAGAGAAAUCUUCUUCAACAUGGCAAAAGAAACCACUUCUAAUUGCUUCAAACAAUCCAUGGAGAAGGUCCUCAUCCACCUGUCACCCACCGGAAAGAUUGUUGAUGAUAAUAUCCGUAGCCUGUUCUUUGGUGAUUUCUUCAAGCCAGAAAGUGAAAAAAAAGUCUAUGACGAGAUCACUGACCUUAAACAGCUCACAGGAGUCAUGGAAUACUACCUGGAGGAGUUCAACAACAUCAGCAAGGCCCCCAUGUCCUUGGUCAUGUUUAAGUUUGCCAUUGAACACAUCUCCAGAAUCUGCAGGGUCCUGAAGCAGGACAAAGGUCACUUGCUCCUCGUGGGCAUUGGGGGUAGUGGGCGGCAGAGUGCAAGCAAACUCUCCACAUUUAUAAACUCAUAUGAACUGUACCAGAUCGAGAUCACCAAAAACUACUCAGGCAAUGAGUGGCGGGAAGACCUGAAGAUGAUCAUGCUACAGGUUGGCGUGAACACCAAAAGAACCGUGUUCCUUUUCACUGAUAAUCAAAUCAAGGAUGAGUCCUUUGUGGAGGACAUCAACAUGCUUCUGAACACAGGAGAUGUGCCCAACAUCUUCCCACCAGAUGAGAAGGCUGACCUUGUGGAGAAAAUGCAGAUGGCCGCCAGGACCGAAGGCGAGAAGAUCGAUGUCACCCCUCUUUCGAUGUACAACUUCUUUAUAGAAAGAGGAACUGACAAAGUCUAAUUUUCUCCAGCUAUGAGUCCAAUUGGGGACGCCUUCCGGAACCGCCUGCGGAUGUUCCCUUCACUGACCAAUUGCUGUACAAUUGAUUGGUUCCAGUCCUGGCCUACAGAUGCCCUGGAGUUGGUGGCCAACAAAUUUCUACAAGAUGUUGAGCUUGAUGACAAUAUUCGGAUAGAGGUCAUCUCCAUGUGCAAAUAUUUCCAGGAGAGUGUGAAGGAACUUUCGGUCGAUUAUUACAACACGCUUCGCAGACACAACUACGUAACCCCCACCUCCUACCUGGAGUUGAUCCUGACCUUCAAGACGCUCCUGAACAGCAAGAGGCAAGAGGUGGAUAUGAUGAGGAGCCGCUACCUGACCGGCCUGCAGAAACUCGAAUUUGCGGCUUCUCAGGUGGCUGUCAUGCAAGUGGAACUGACUGCCCUCCAGCCUCAGCUCAUCCUCACCUCCGAGGAGACUGCUAAGAUGAUGGUGAAAAUUGAAGCAGAGACUAGAGAAGCUGAUGGCAAGAAACUUCUAGUGCAGGCGGAUGAAAAAGAAGCCAAUGCUGCUGCUGCCGUUUCCCAAGCAAUCAAGAAUGAAUGUGAGGGCGACCUGGCAGAGGCGAUGCCGGCACUGGAAGCUGCACUGGCUGCACUGGACACCCUGAACCCCUCUGACAUCUCACUGGUGAAGGCGAUGCAGAAUCCACCAGGCCCUGUCAAGCUGGUCAUGGAGAGUAUCUGUGUCAUGAAAGGGCUGAGACCAGAGCGGAAACCAGACCCCAGUGGCACCGGUAAAAUGAUUGAAGAUUAUUGGGGGGUGUCAAGAAAGAUUCUUGGGGACCUGAAAUUCCUGGAGAGUCUUAAGACAUAUGACAAAGACAACAUCUCCCCUUUGAUCAUGAAGAGAAUCCGGGAAAGGUUUAUCGAUCACCCUGAUUUCCAGCCAGCCGUCAUUAAAAAUGUGUCAUCUGCCUGUGAGGGUCUGUGCAAGUGGGUGAGGGCCAUGGAGGUGUAUGACCGUGUGGCCAAAGUGGUAGCUCCCAAACGGGAGCGCCUGAAGGAGGCAGAGGAGAAGCUGUUUAAACAGAUGCAGAAGCUGAACCAGAAGCGAGCAGAGUUGAAGCUGGUGGAAGACCGCCUGCAGGCCCUGAAUGACGAGUUUGAAGAGAUGAACAUCAAGAAAAAGAUCUUGGAGGAAAACAUUGAUCUCUGCUCCCAAAAGCUCAUCAGGGCAGAAAAGUUGAUCAGUGGUCUUGGGGGAGAGAAGGAUAGAUGGACAGAAGCUGCCCAUCAGCUAGGGAUCCGCUAUACCAACUUGACAGGGGAUGUAUUGUUGUCCUCGGGGACGGUGGCUUACCUAGGGGCCUUUACCGUGGAUUACCGUGCUGACUGCCAGCAGCAGUGGUUGGCCCGAUGUAAGGACAGAGUUAUCCCCGGCUCCAGUGACUUCAAUCUCAGCAACAUACUAGGGGAUCCUGUAAAAAUUCGUGCUUGGCAGAUUGCUGGGCUCCCUAUUGACUCCUUCUCCAUUGACAAUGGCAUCAUUGUGUCUAAUUCCAGACGCUGGGCCUUGAUGAUUGACCCCCAGGGACAGGCCAAUAAGUGGAUCAAAAACAUGGAGAAAGUGAACAAACUGUCAGUUAUCAAGUUCUCAGAUACCAACUACGUGAGGACUCUGGAAAAUGCUCUACAGUUUGGCACCCCAGUCUUACUGGAAAAUGUGGGGGAAGAGCUAGACGCCUUUAUUGAACCCAUCUUGCUCAAGUCCACAUUCAAGCAGCAAGGGGUUGAGUACAUGCGUUUGGGUGAGAACAUUAUCGAAUACUCUCAGGAUUUUAAGCUGUAUAUCACAACCCGUUUGAGGAACCCGCAUUACCUCCCCGAAGUCGCCGUGAAAGUCUGCCUCCUCAACUUUAUGAUCACCCCCUUGGGUCUCCAAGAUCAGCUCCUAGGCAUGGUAGCCGCCAAGGAGAAGCCAGACCUGGAAGAGAAGAAGAAUAAAUUGAUUGUGGAGAGUGCCAAGAACAAGAAGCAGCUGAAGGAAAUUGAAGAUAAGAUCUUGGAGGUUCUAUCUCUGUCCGAGGGCAACAUCCUGGAGGACGAGACUGCCAUCAAAAUUCUCUCCUCCUCCAAACUACUGUCUGAAGAAAUCUCUGAGAAGCAGAAAAUUGCCUCCAUAACAGAAACACAGAUUGACGAGACUCGGAUGGGUUAUAAGCCAGUGGCUGUUCACUCUGCCACCAUAUUCUUUUGCAUCUCUGACCUGGCCAACAUUGAGCCAAUGUACCAGUACUCGCUGACGUGGUUUAUCAACCUGUACAUGCUCUCGCUGGCCAACAGCCAGAAGAGCGAGGACCUGAUCUUGCGCAUUGAGUACAUCCUCGAGCACUUCACCCUCAGCAUCUACAACAACGUGUGCCGUUCGCUGUUUGAGAAGGACAAGCUGCUCUUCUCUCUCCUCCUGACCAUUGGCAUUAUGAAAGAGAAGAAAGAAAUCAACGAGCAGAUUUGGUAUUUCCUCCUCACUGGAGGCAUUGCGCUGGACAAUCCCCACCCCAACCCAGCCCCACAAUGGCUAUCGGAGAAGUCAUGGGGGGAGAUUGUCCGUGCAUCUGCUUUGCCCAAGCUGAAAGACCUGAUGGCACACAUGCAAGAAAACCCCGAUGAAUGGAGGCACAUCUAUGACUCAGCCUUGCCCCAUGAAGAGGACUUCCCUGGACCUUGGAAGUUCCUUGAAGGAUUGGAGAGGAUGGUGGUCCUCCGGUGUCUGCGGCCUGACAAGAUCAUCCCAGCCAUUAGGGAGUUCAUUGCUGAACACAUGGGCAACACCUACAUCGAAGCCCCCACCUUUGAUCUCCCAGGAUCCUACAACGAUUCCAGUUGUUGUGUACCCUUGAUUUUCGUGUUGUCUCCAGGUGCAGACCCAAUGGCAGGCCUGCUGAAAUUUGCUGAUGAUGUGGGAAUGGGAGGUACCAGAAUACAGACCAUCUCCUUGGGUCAAGGUCAAGGCCCUAUUGCUGCCAAAAUGAUCAACAAUGCCAUCAGAGAUGGCACCUGGGUGGUCUUACAGAACUGCCACCUGGCCACCAGCUGGAUGCCUGCCCUGGAGAAGAUCUGUGAGGAGGUGAUUGUUCCUGAGAGCACCAACUUCAAAUUCAGGCUCUGGUUAACCAGCUAUCCAUCAGAGAAGUUUCCAGUCAGCAUCCUCCAGAAUGGGAUCAAAAUGACCAAUGAGCCCCCCAAAGGGCUCCGGGCCAAUCUUUUGCGCUCCUAUCUCAACGACCCCAUCUCAGAUCCCACGUUCUUCCAAAGCUGUACAAAGCCAGUGAUGUGGCAAAAGCUAUUGUUCGGACUUUGCUUCUUCCACGCCAUUGUUCAAGAGCGGAGAAAUUUUGGGCCCCUAGGUUGGAAUAUUCCCUAUGAAUUCAAUGAAUCUGACCUCAGGAUUAGUAUGCGGCAGAUCCAGAUGUUUCUGAAUGACUACCAAGAGGUGCCAUUUGAAGCUCUGACCUACCUGACAGGGGAGUGUAAUUACGGAGGCAGAGUGACUGAUGACAAAGACAGGCGUCUCCUGCUGUCCCUUCUGUCCACCUUCUACUGUAAGGAAAUCAAGCAGGACCAUUACUAUCUUGCUCCUGGAGACACUUACUACAUUCCUCCUCAUGGCUCCUACCAGUCCUAUAUUGACUAUCUCAGGAACCUCCCCAUCACGGCACACCCAGAAGUGUUUGGGCUCCACGAGAAUGCUGACAUCACCAGAGACAACCAGGAAACCAACCAGCUGUUUCAGGGGGUGUUGCUGACUCUCCCACGACAGUCGGGAGGGAGUGACAAGUCCCCUCAGGAAGUGGUUGAGGACCUCGCCCAUGAUGUGCUCUCCAAGCUUCCCAAAGACUUUGACCUGGAAAAGAUUAUGACGAAGUACCCUGUGAUCUAUGAGGAGUCCAUGAACACCGUCCUAAGGCAGGAGCUCAUCAGGUUCAACAGGCUGACCAAAGUCGUUCGGAAAAGCCUCAUUGAUCUUGGCCGUGCCAUCAAAGGGCAGGUCCUAAUGUCCUCGGAGCUGGAAGAUGUCUUCAGUAACAUGCUUGUGGGCAAAGUGCCAGGCAUGUGGAUGGCCAAGUCCUACCCAUCGCUGAAGCCCCUUGGGGGCUAUGUGGCUGACCUGCUGGCCCGCUUGGCCUUCUUCCAGGAAUGGACUGACAAGGGGCCUCCUGUAGUUUUUUGGAUCUCUGGAUUCUACUUCACACAGUCUUUUUUGACGGGUGUCUCUCAGAAUUAUUCCCGGAAGUAUACCAUCCCCAUUGACCACCUCGGAUUUGAAUUUGAGGUGACCACCCAAGAAGCAGUCAUGGAGAAUAAUCCAAAAGAUGGGGCCUACAUAAAAGGGCUUUUUUUAGAAGGUGCCCGUUGGGACAGAAAAACAAUGCAGAUCGAAGAGUCUCUUCCUAAAAUCCUCUACGACCCUUUGCCCAUCAUUUGGCUGAAACCUGGGGAGAGCGCCACAUUUACUCAUGAGAACAUUUACGUGUGUCCGGUCUACAAAACCAGUGCCCGGAGAGGUAUCCUCUCUACCACGGGCCACUCCACCAACUAUGUUCUCUCCAUUGAACUCCCAACAGACAGGCCCCAAAAGCACUGGAUAAACCGAGGGGUGGCCUCACUGUGCCAGCUAGAUAACUGA